AGUGAAGGGAGGGCUGGCUGCAUGGCGAGCUGAAGAGACAAAACAAAAGCUCUUACAUUUCAACUAACAGGCGCUGGUCGCUUUUUUAUUUUAAUAUUUUAUUAACCAAAAACAUAUAUUACUUUUUUAUAUUCUUUUUAUUUUAACAGCAAUAUUAGGUAGGUUUUGCAUGAUGCCAAGCAGCACGUCUUUGUUGGAGGCCGAUGAGGGAGAGUCCGAGCUCCCACCGCCGCUGGUACACGCUUUCGCCGGCAUGGGCCUCGACGAGCACCACGGCAACCAGAGCCAGGCUCCUGAACAACCAGAAGAUGGUGUUUCCUUUCACCAUCAGCUCCCCGCAGUAUCUCAUUUCAGCAUCCUCGGUACAGUCCUGGACUUGAAGCCGCUGCACCGGUCGCCCUCGGGGGAUGAAGUGAACAAAUCGGCAGAGGACGAGGAGCUUGAGGGGAUAGCGGCAAGUUGUUCGGGCUCGUUGCUAGCGAAGGCCCACCGCCAUCAGCACCUCCCAUCGGGGCAGAGCGGUACCGCGAUGGAGCCGCCGCACGUCGAGACGGUGUUGUUAUACAACGGAGAGGAGCGGGAUGACGCUCUACCUCCGCCCGGCAUGGUGAUGCUUCCACCCGGUGUUUACGAGGCAGAACAUUCGCUUCUGUCUCGCAGAAAGAGCGUCAACACGACCGAGUGUGUGGCGGUGCCGAGCUCCGAACAUGUUGCAGAGAUUGUGGGGAGGCAGGGCUGUAAGAUCAAGGCCCUUCGAGCCAAGACAAACACCUACAUUAAGACGCCAGUGAGGGGAGAGCAGCCCGUCUUCGUCGUGACCGGCCGCAAAGAGGACGUGGCCAUGGCGAAGAGGGAGAUCCUCUCUGCCGCUGAGCACUUCUCCCUGAUCAGAGCCUCCAGGAACAAAGCCGGCCCUUUGUCAGCUGCAACUAGUUUAGGGACUCCUGCUCUACCCGGGCAGACAACCAUCCAGGUGCGGGUCCCGUAUCGAGUCGUCGGGCUGGUUGUGGGCCCCAAGGGAGCAACCAUCAAACGCAUCCAGCAGCAGACUCAUACCUACAUCGUGACUCCUAGUCGGGACAAGGAGCCGGUGUUUGAGGUCACUGGGAUGCCGGAGAACGUGGACAGGGCGAGGGAGGAGAUAGAGGCGCACAUCGCCCUCCGCACCGGCAGCUGUGGGGGCGUCGAGGCCCCGGGCGUGGAUAACAGCGAUUUCCAGUUCAACGGCACAGAUGUCAGCUUCGAGACCUCGGCACACUCGGCCGGUCUCGGAGAGGCCGGGUGGCUGCAUGCAGGGGCGUCGUCACCGGGGGGCGGAACCUUGCUGCCGGUCAGCGUCAGUGGUACUCAGAGGGGCAACAGCAAUAUCAGCAGCGCUGCCAGGAUGUCUUCCACCUACCGCAACGACAGCUCCAGCUCUCUGGGCAGCGGCUCCAGCUCGGCCGACUCCUUCUAUGGUGGCGGGAACGGGAACCGGAUGGCCGAUUUCAGCCCCACCUUCCCCUUCAACGCCAAUGCUAACAACAACAACAACAGUACAAGCAGCAGCACAAGUUUCUGGUUUGGCGACAGCCUCCUGGGCGUGGGCUCUGAGGAGCUCUUCAGCCUGGGAAGCGGAGCCUCCUCUUCAGGAUUUGAGCCGUUAACCAUUUCCACUGCCCAUACCUCGCAGUCCGCUGCCCCACCGCACAUCUGGAGCCCCUUCGUGGACCAGCAGUCACUUCAGGCCUUUGACUCCCUGCAGUCCCAGACCAGCCAACCCGGCACCCCCCGCCUCUCUCCAACCUUUUCGGGGACCGACGCCUUGGAGCACCCUCAGGCCCAGCGUGUUUACCGACGGCCUUUCGGCUCAACAGGAACGCUCGACGUCCACAGGAUCCCCUCCUACAGCUCUGCCUUCUCCUCCUCCUCCAGUGAAAGCACCACCUCCUCCUCGCCUCCCGAGUCCUCCUUCUCCUAUCGACCAGGAAUUGGAUUGUCCGGGAGGAGCCAGGAGAUCUGCAUCCAGUGUAUGGAGAACCAGGUGACCGCUGCCUUGGUUCCUUGCGGCCAUAACCUGUUCUGUCUCGAUUGUGCCACACAAAUCUGCCAGGGCCCGGAGGCCAUGUGCCCUGUGUGUCUGUCCCCAGCCACGCAGGCCAUUCAGCUGCGUAACAUCUGAUUAGUUUUAUUUUUUCCCCUCACUCCUGGCCCCCAGCGUGUGUUGGAUUUACAAAACAAGACCCCCUGAUCAGUAUAUAGGUAAACCCUCAGCCCAGCCUUUUCCAGGCUGGCAUUGGUUUGACAAAGGUGCAGCAAGUGGAAGUGGGAUAGGAAAGGUGUUUAUUGGGCGUGGGUGAUGAGCCCAGUCUUGUGCCUGCUAUUGUGAAGUCUUCUUGGUUGAAUAAGGGGAGGGCUUGGAGCUCUCUAUGUAGCAUUGGGAGGAUUUGGCUUUUUUUUUUUUUUCUUCCUGUUUUUCAUCUUUUUUUCUUAUUUAGAAUAAAAAAAAAUUCUUCCUCAUAAUUUUAUUUUUAUACAUCAAUGUAUAUAAGAAAAAUCUUUUGGCCUUUAGGGUCGACACCUUAUUUUUUACAUUUUAACAUCUCUGAUGUUUUAUGCUGAAAGAAAAGGAAGUGCGCAUGUUUUGCAUAAAGCAGGACUUCAUAUCAGUGCGACAGGAACGGAGACAACCAGGCUCCUUUAAAAGGAUAAACGGUUUGAAGUCGUCCAAAUUACAGAUCCGUUAGUUUCCAUAGGUAUGAAAGACCUCCCAAGAGGAGUUUUUAAAGCUGAGUCGAACAUAUAACUGGAACGUUUUAACACUCCACCUUUAGACCACAGGAUGUUGCGCUACUUCAGGAUCGCCAUGUUGCUUUCAGAUUAUAUUUACACCAGUUUCCCCGUAAACUCGUGCCUAAUUCCCGAGUGUAAAUGUACGACACAGUCUUGCUCAGUUUUUGAAGCAAACUUGUGGCCUUUUUUUUUCUUUCUAAGGUAAAGCCUGUAAUUACCUUCACAACACUAUAUUCAUAAAUAAAUAAAAGAAAUCCUGAUCUGGGGCUUGAAACAACACAAGCUGACAGGUGGAAGUGGUUUAUAGGUUCCUCCCUGCAUCUGCGAAACAAAGGUUGUUUUAUCCUCUUCUUUCCUCUCAUAGUUUUGUUUACAUGUACGUAUGGGGAAACCAUGUGCUGGUUUGCACCUCGAAGGCUAGACACGUCUUUGCAACAUUCCUCCCUGGUAUCAGUCACUUUUUAAUGUAGGCGAGGAUUCGUCGUUCUUAACCGAAACAUCACCCGGGAGCAAAAACUGGCAAAUGUUUAUUUUCAUUGUUCCAGCUGUGAUCGUGAAAAAGUCCCAGUGAAGUAUGUACUGGCUGCUUUUGUUAUACUUUUAUACUUUUUAUUUUUUAAAGCCAUCUGGAGUGGUCUCUUUAACUUGAAUGAUUUACUAUGACUGCUCCAUCCUAUGGCUGUCUAGUUUAUUCCAUUGAGACGGGAAUCGCAGAUGAAGGCCAUCCAUUGCUUUUUGCACCUCAUCUCCUCAGGCCGAUUCUAAAAUCCUCUUUAUAUUUCAACCAUUCUAGGAAGAAGUAGAUAAACAAAACUCUAUAAGGUUUAAGCACAAAGCUCAAAUACAGUUAACCUGCAAAAGCAUGCCUACUCAUGGGUUUCUUUUCACAUUUUGUCAUGGGAUAUUCACAAUUCAAAUCAUUGGCAUGCAUUUUAGGGAUAAACCAGUGCAAAGUAGCAUAUUUUGUUCAAAUAACCCAAUAAUAAAUGCUGCAGUUUUAGAGAUGGAUUCAGGACUGGGACUCUCUGACACAAAGAUUGUAUUAUCUCAAGCAUCCAUUGUAACUACAGCCGUAUUUUGCUGUUGUCCAGCUGUGACAUAUUCUAAAUCAUUUAGCAGCUUUUACUUCCUAGUUCUGUUUCAGGCUCAAUUUAAAUAAAGUUGUGGUUUUAACAUGACAAAAUGUGAACUUUUAAGAGCCAUUAAAACUUUUGCAAAGGAUUAAAAUCAAGCUUUGCUUCAUUUCAGCUGCGGUUAAAACCGAAUAAAGAUUUUCAGCUAAUUUUUUCUUAGUUAUGUGCACCACUAAGCACAUACUCGUCACACUAUUGAGCAGUUUGGACAAACAUUCUCUUCUUCCAUGCAUGUUUUUUUUUCUUUCCUGUUUUGUAUUUGUCCAUCAUUCUCCAAAAGGUACACACAUGUUGAAAUCAUCUCAAGUAUUAGCUUUAAACAUCAGUGUCUGCAGACAUUUGGAAGGAGGGGGAAGCAGCUGGAACGGUUUCACUACAGAAGGUCAAUCCUGUUGCUUGCUUUCUUUUUGUGGACGUUGGCCUGCGGUCUCUCCAGCAUUCCAGCUGUGAACAGUAUUCUUAUGGACCCAUUACGUUGCUUCAACCUGAUCUCUUCUUCCUCUGCAUCCUCUUCCUCAUGGGGGGGUAAGCUUUGGUUAGAAAACAGAACCAAACAAGAUCCAAAUGUGCAAGAAGAGCAGAAAAAAAAGCUCCCUGUCCGUCCCGGUUGUUUUAAUUCUCUCUACAAAAGGACUGAUCAUUAUUUUUUAAUCAUUUUCUUUCCGUAUGAGGGAAUGCAAUACAUGAUUGGCCCUCGGAUUAUCGACAUGAACUUUGACCUUUUUUGUGUAUGUAUUCUAUAAGAAUUACUGUUAAUGACUGAGAAAUAUACAGAACUUAUUUUUUAUUUUGUUACAUUUCGUAUAUACAUAAAUAUAUCUAUAUCAAAAUGUUUACAAUAUUUUAAAUUUGUUUCUAUUUUUACUUCUAUUUUUUUUUUUUUGAGUGAUUUUAAGCGAAUGAAGAGCUAGAAAUACAGAAAACUGUUGCAGAGGGGAGCGUCAGUGCUAUCUGCUUGUAGUCUAGUUAGUAGUUUACAGUAUUGAUGAUGAUUAAUAGUAUUGAUAGCUGCCGUUAAACCUAGUGGAAAGUGGAAUGUGCAUCACGAGCAUGUCUUCAUCAUUUACCGCCAUAGUAGAACUUCACUGCAACUGUAAAAAGGCCAAGGAUUAAAGCUGCCUGUUAAUUGUGUACACCACCAAAAUUAAGAACGGUAUACUAUUAAGAUGUAUCUUCGAUUAUCUAUCUCUGCAUACAUAUUGUUCAAAGCUGUACCUACGGUUCAAAGUAUUUGCUAAUUUUACUACACUUUUGUUAUGUAUAUGUGUAGAAGGAGUCUUAAGGCAUAUAAAUUCUUCAAAUUAAGUCAGGAGUUUAAAGCAGACUAUAUUUUAUAAUGGCCUUUUAAGUUAUUGCGGCCAAAGCACUGAUAUUAUAUAUUUGCUGUAAAGAGAAUUUUAAGAGUUUUAUUUUUCUGAUAUUAAAGUUACGUAAUAAAGACGGUUUCAU